AUGGUGAUAAGCUUGUAUGUGGAUGAUCUAAUUAUCACAGGAAGCAAUGAAGGUAUGAUUAAGAAGUUCAAAGACAACCUAAGUAAAACAUUUGAAAUGACAGAUCUGGGAAAGCUCAAGUAUUUUCUUGGCUUUGAAAUUACUUACACAGAAGGAGGAGUAUUUCUAAGUCAAAGAAAAUAUGCUCAGCAGUUGUUAGAGAAAUUUGGAAUGGAAAACUGCAAGAGUGUCAACACCCCACUCAUGCCAAAUGAGAAGAGACAAGAUGAUGGAGCAGAACUUACCAAUCCUAGACUAUACCGAAGUAUGGUAGGAGGGCUGUUAUACCUUGCUGCAACCCGACCUGAUCUAGCCUUUGUUGCAUCCUACCUAUCCAAGAGUCUAGCGCAACCUAAGGAACAAAACUUGCAAGAUGCAAAGCGAGUAUUGAGAUACAUUCAAGGAACAAUUGACUAUGGCUUGAAUUUUCAAAAAACAAAUCAAACAGAGCUAAUAGGAUUCUCUGACUCUGACUGGGCAGGCUGCAAAGAAGAUAUGCGUAGCACCACAGGUAUGUGUUUUACACUAGGAAGUGGAAUGUUCACCUGGCAAACUCAGAAACAGGACAUAAUUGGCCAGUCCACGGCGGAAGCAAAAUACAUGGCCUUGAGCUCAGCCACAAAUCAUGCAGUGUGGUUAAAGCGUUUGCUAGGAGAAAUGAAGGUUGACACGGACAAAGGUGUCCCGAUAUAUUGUGACAACACAUCGGCAAUAACAAUCGGGAGAAAUCUUGUACAACACUGGAGAACCAAACACAUUCAGAUACGUUAUCACAUUGUACGAGAAGCAGAAAGGGAAGGAGUGAUUAACCUGAGAUACUGCAGUGGUGAAGGACAAAUCGCUGACAUCCUCACAAAGCCUCUGGGAACUAAAUGA